AUGAGGAUCAAGCGCAAAGCCGAGAGCCCUAGAGAUGCCAUUGUUCUGGCUACAAAGCGAGCAAGAGCUACUGACACCGAAAGUGAGCCCGCUCAGAACUUCACGUCCCAGUGCGCCGGUACCAUCGACACUCAUGGUGAUGUUGAAGCGGCUAUCCAGCAGGUGAAAGAGGCAAGUCAUCGUGGAACAGAUCGGGAGAUCCAUCCAGUUGACCUACCAUCAAAGCUGAAAGAUCGACAUCGUCCAACCAGAAAAGAAGAUCGCCUGUCAUUGCCAAUGCAGCAUCGCGUGAUGCUCGAGGAGGUUUGUUCCGGAGAAAUCACCAAAGAAAACGUGGACUCUCCACGUGAGUCGGCGCACAGCCUGCUUCGUCUUUACGACGUGGUCGAUGAAGAGAUCAGUAUGGACACGAGCGAAAAUGAGCAAACAAAAGACGGGACUUCAGAGGUGUCGUGUAGUGAUAUUCCUGUGAGCCGGGAGACAGUCAAGAGGACACUGGUAGGUGGUGAUUAUGUGUAUGACGUGUACUUUAACAUCCAUUGCGACUUCACGGGUGAGGACGACUUCAUCCUGCUCUGUUGUUCACGUGAUGCCUUCGCACGGCACCGCACCACCACGUAUGACUCUGACACCGACUCUGAUGUUUUCGUCCGCGAAGACAGUGAUGACAGCAAUGCUGAAGUUUGCUGGAGCAAUGACUACCCAGACGACCAUCACUUACGAGAAGAACCAGAGUUGGAUGAUGCCUUUCUUGAGCAGUUCGACACGUUUUAUGAGCCGUCGGGCUGA